AUGUCUCGUUCGUCUUCUUGGCCUUUUCAAUCUUCUAAAGAUUUAUCAUCAAAUGAAACAUGUUGGCUUUUCUGUCUUCCAUUGGAAAUUCUUCAGAUUAUUACUGAUUUUUUGAGUACAUCGGAUAUAAAUACAUUAGGCCAAACUUGUCAAACGUUUUAUAUAUUUCUUAAUGAGAAUAACUUUUGGACAUAUCGUAUACAUCGUUACUUUCCACAAUCUGUUGCACAGCUUUAUACAAUUGAUCUAUUUCAUAAACCGGAAAUAAUUCAAACACAUAAUGAAAUACGUCCAUCAGGUUUUACUCAUGUUCGAACAAAUGCUGAAUUUGAUCUACUCGCGAUCAAUUCAGCUACUCAUUAUAAUGAUGAAGCAAUCGAAAAACGUCAUGUAAAAAUGUAUGUAUCAAAAGAAGAUUUUUUAAAUCAACUAGAAUUUUAUCAAUUUGAAAAACCAAAUAAUUAUUUGGAAAUUCCAUUAAUGAAAUUAAUCUAUUUUUAUUUGAUUGAUCGUAAACGACAUGCAGCUGUUAAUAUGGAUGUUAUUCAUCGCAAUGAAUAUUAUCUUGUCGAAGAAAAUGAUGCAGACAGUUUAACUGGUCGUAUUAUUCAUUUACAAAGUGUUUGUUGGCUUGAAAUAACUGGUCGUUUUGAACAUAAAAUUAUGCCAGGAAAAUAUGAAGUUAGUUGGCGAAUGAAAUGUCAUCAAUAUAGUACAAUAUGGGGAGAAACUGAAUUUAUUGUUGUACCACAACAUGGAAAAUUAUUAAAUUAUAAAAUGUCUGAAGAUGAUUUUCAUAAUUUAGUACUUCAACACGAAGAUCGUUGGUCUAUCGUCAAAAUGGGUCAAACUAUCAUCUAUGAACCGUCAAUUGUUUUAGUGGCAAUACGAAAUUGGAGUAAUCCUAAUUGGAAAUAUGGUCUUUCAUGGGAUUUUAUUGAAUUAACAAUAGUACCGUAA